AUGUUCACAUUUAUUUUGGCUAUCGUAGUUGUUUUUGGUAUUAUCCUAAUAAGUAAAUUACGUCGUCGUGCUAUUUCCGAUCGUUCAUGUGUCUAUGUUGUUGUACUUGGUGAUAUUGGUCAUAGUCCACGAAUGUGUAAUCAUGCAAUUGAAUUUGAAAAAAAUCAAUAUUCCGUUCAUUUUAUUGGAUACGAAGAAUCUCAACCAAGUUUACUUAUUCAAGAAAAUAGAAAUAUUCACCUAGCAAAUCUCAAAUCCUUUCCAUCACUACAAUUUGCUCAUUUUCCACCAACUGUCGUUUAUGUAUUGAAAAUAUUUUGGCAAUUUGGUACACUCGGUUUGAAAUUAUGUCAAUUACCAAAACCAGAUAUUAUUUGUGUUCAGAAUCCUCCAUCGAUUCCAGCAUUGAUCACAUGUUUUUUAGUAGCUCGUUUACGCGGUGUUCGUUUUUAUAUUGAUUGGCAUAAUUAUGGUUAUUCAAUGUUGGCAUUAAAACAUGGAAUGCAACAUUGGAUUGUACAGAUAUGUCAACGUUAUGAAUUUUUUAUGGGUAGACUAGCUGAUAUAAACACAUGUGUAUCACAAGCAUUUUCUUCCAAUUUAAAAUUACAUUUAAUAAAAUCAUCGGUGCUCUAUGAUCGACCAACUAGCCAAUUUCAUAUUCCAAGUACAGAUGAAAAACAUGCAAUUCUAAUGAAAAUGUAUCAACAGUAUGGUUUUAAACAAUUCGAAGGAAGAAUGAACGAUUGUACACGUUUUACGACAAGUGAUAAAAGUUUUAUCAAAGAUCGUCCAGCUAUUUUAGUUAGUAGUACAAGUUGGAGUCCAGAUGAGAAUUUUCAAGUAUUAUUCGAUGCAUUAAAACAAUAUGAUACAUCCGAUAUUAAUAAUUUACCAUCGAUUGUGUGUAUUAUUACUGGAAAAGGUCCGCUAAAAGAUGAAUUUGUUGAAAAACUUCAACAACAAUCUCAUCGCCGUGUUGAAUAUUGUUUUCCCUGGUUGGAUGCUGCAGAUUAUCCUCUUCUGUUAGGUUGUGCUGAUCUUGGUAUUAGUCUUCAUCAAUCGUCUAGUGGUUUCGAUUUACCAAUGAAAAUUGUUGACAUGUUAGCUGUUGGAGUACCCGUAUGUUCAAUUCAUUAUGAUUGUAUCAACGAAUUAGUUAAACGUGAUCAAAACGGCCUCAUUUUUCGCGAUUCAAAUGAUUUAUGCGAACGAAUACAGGACUUAUUAUCUGGUUUUCCUGAUAAUUGUUCAAAAUUAAAUUCGUUAAAAGCAAAUGUUAUCUCCGGUGGAAAAGUUUCAAAUUGGACAAAAGAAUGGUCAACUGUUGUUAAACCAUUAUUAUCGGUGACAACAUCGCAGCAAAACGAAAAUAAUUUGAGUUCACAAUGA